AUGCGGGACCGGCGGCUGAGGAAGACCGGUCGGCCGCCGCCAUACCGGCCCCCUAAUGAUUUUGAUCCCGAGAGCACACCACAAUACUUCCAGGUAUCAGUAAAUGUCCUGGAGGCCAGGAAACUGACCUGGUCAAAUCCCCAGGCCACCAACUCCUACGUGAUGGUUGUCUUGGGCAGAAAGAAACAUAGGACCACUGUCAGAAAGAAUAUGGACGAGCCCUUAUAUCGAGAAUACUUAGUGUUUGAUAUGUACAUGAGUAUCAGAGAAAUCCAGCGAUCGAGCCUGUGGUUAGCAGUGAUGGAGCCUAAGUGUUGCGCCCCACCGCGCAUGCUCGGCGAGGCUACCAUUGACCUGGGCGCCAUUUGGGCACAGCCUAAUCACCAAGUUUACCACAAAUGGGCGCAGCUAAGCUUACCUCGAGACCCACAGUCUACUGGGCCAGUAGGGUUUCUGAAAGUGGAUAUAUCAAUAAUAUUUAAAGGAGAGGUACAGGUCAUGCCUGCUAUUGUCAGCGAUGAUAAAGUAGAAGAUACCCUCAUCUUACCUACGAGUGCCGAGCAACAAAAGGCAUGCUACCAGGUGACAGUUCACGCUGCAUUUAGUCUGCCCAGCUGUGUACCGUCUCACUUAGACCGGAGGUACGGGAAGGCUCCCAGUACAUACGUUCGCGUCUCCUUUUGCGGUCUUGUGGCUAAAACCAACGUUCAGCAUCGCACCAAUGAUCCAAAAUACAACGAGCAGAUUUCAAUGGUGGAGAUGUUCCCAAAUAUGAACCAGACUAUCCGCUUCGAGGUCUGUUCAGCUGAUGGUUGCUUCAACAGGGUACUAGGUAGCGCUGAACUCAAGCUGGCUCAGAUUUCCCAUGAUGGAGAAAAUGGUUUUCUACCCACCUUCGGCCCAUCUUUACUCCACAUGUACGGACCAAACAGCAGCAAUAGUGGAACUUCAUCAGAAGAUGGACCGCACCAUAAAGGCAUGCUGCUUAUCACGCUGAAGACCAUCGUUCCUUACUACCAGGCGGUUAUAAGAACUGUCAUUGUAGAGCCGGUGGCUCCCCUUCAUCAGGACAGUUUAUGGAUACUAGAAGAUUUUUGUAUUUACUGUCCCAUAUUUGAAAUUUCCAUGUUGGAUCGUCGUAUAUGUGGCAAAUUGACUGGUCUUGCGAUAACUACUGGUGAAAUGCCUGCCGAUAGGCGGGUUGAUGAUGAUUUCUUCACGCUGAUAACUCAGUUGAAAAACCGCAAACUCCACUACACUGGGUCGUUGGACGUCAUAAAGACAAAGCCAGCGUACGGAUACAUAGAGUUCCCCCAGGAGUUCCCUGUGCUACAGCUCGCCUCCUGUCUCCCUGACUUUCGGUUCCGGAUGUACAGGAACAAUAUAGUCUACGGGAUUGUAUCUGAUCUGGAGCAAUCUCUCACUGAAGUGGAGAAGCGUCUCAACCAUUUCGAGUACACCUCGCCUAACGAACUGAUGGACGACCUGAACAAAGCAGUUGACGAUGCUGCGGGGAACAUCUUGAAAUAUCUGGACAUUGUCCAGUAUUCCAGCAACUCUUCAACCUGUGAAGAGGCACGCCAACAAUACACAACUGAACUUGAUCAGAAGCAGCUGGCAUUGCAAAAGGAAGAAAUCGAGAAAAUAUACCACCAAAUAACAAGAAAGAACAAAAUAGAUUCUACUUUAAACAUAUUUCAACAUUCAAGUAGAAUAGGCACCAGGGAUAGUUUGAUUGGGUCCAGGAAAGGUGUCAAAAUUAUGCUCGCUGAAACCAAAUGCUUAGUCCAAAGUCUUAGAACUACUAUAAACAAAACCACAGAUGGAUGGCCAGAUGUUGUCAUUUGGCUUCUCAAUGAGGGCUCCAGAGUAGCAUAUAUAAAAGUACCAGCGUCAGAAAUAAUAUACUCUGUGAUACCUGAGCAGUGUGGAAGCAGUUGUGGUCGACUCCAAACUAUAUACAUGAAGCCUUUGAAAUGCUUGAAGCAUUCGAGUGCAUCAUCACCCAACUGCAUAUGUAUUGCUGCUAAAGUUGAAAUACUUAUGUGGAUGGGCUUGUUCCGCCAAAGACACGCAUUCGGAAGCUGUUUACCUGUAGGAUACUUUCUGAAGACCAAAAGAGACUUCGAAAUGUACGUGAAGUCCAUAGCCGUGAUGGUCGAAUGCAGAGCGUUUAUAUAUCGGGCCAAAUUAACUAAUGAGGGAGGCGACAAUUUAAACAGUAUGUUUAACUCUUUUGUAAGGAUAAAUGCAAUGGGAGACGUUAGAGACACUAAAGUCCAAAUAAAAACGUCAUCACCAAUAUGGAAUCAAGUUUUGAAAACACAGAAAAUGGUUCAUACUAGUCCUGAAAGGCUUGACAUAAAUCCACCUUACGUUUUAGUAGAAGUUUACAAUGAUGAUCAAAAUGGUAGAACAGACUUAAUCGGACGGUUCCAAAUUCAGCCGGUGGUUGACGAUAGAGUCGGUUACGCUCCUAGGCUCCAGUGGUAUGAGAUUUAUAGAGGGUCUCAGCACACAGGCCAGAUUUUAAUGUCGAUUCAGCUGUUGCAGGUGCCAGAAAAGGUUUUGAAAAGUACAGACUACUCUUCGGUGACAGAAAGUUUUUUCGCAGCUGGAGUGAAGGAUGACAACGAUUUAGGUUUAGAUGACGUAAUACCUUUGCCUAAGAUACUUAUACCGAAGUCUGCAAGUUACAAAGUGGACGUAUACUGGUGGGGUCUGCGAGACAUGAACAUUACCCGGAAACCCUGUGUGAUCCUAGAAAUCGACGAAAUAUUCAUCAAAUCAGAUGUAAUCGGCGAAAGGAAAUGUAAUAGCAACUUCCCAAACGGUCGAGCGAGCCAGAUAUUUGAGUUGCCACUCAAUGAUGAAUAUUGCCCCACUUUGUCCGUUCGACUGUAUGACAGUAGUACGUUUGGAAGGACAUUGUUCCUCGGCACUAACACCAUCAAAAACCCAAGCAAAUACAUAGUGGAAUGGCUGCCGAAAAAAGAAAGGAUAGCGUCUUUGAAAUCGGUUUCUAUUGUGUCAUCGGAUUUCUGUGAAGUUGGAGGUCAAAUGCUUUACAUAAAGAAGAGCAGCAAAUUCGAAGAUUGUGAGGAGUUUGUAUGCAAUACGCCUCAUAGGAAUGCCAUUAUCCGUUACGCCAAGAUCAGAAGAUGGAAGUGGGCCAGUUUCUGUAAGAACGAACCAAGUGAAGAGGAAAUUACUCUUUUGCCAGUGUACGCUAAAGAGAAUAAUCAGAUCAAAGUCGUCAAGAAGAUUCCAAAACCUACAGAAUGCAAUGAUUGGUGGAUGCGGUUCUUUCAAUCAGAAAAGACAAAUUAUGAAGAGGAAAAAUUCACAUCUGAUUACAUCACGAUUUACGAUUACGAGCUGGAAUAUCAACCAGAAUUCUUCAAGUUUAAGGAUUGGUGCUCGACACUGAAGUUCUAUAACGGCAAGAAGACAGGCAUCCCUGAACGGGAUGAGCAGCUUCAAUGUGGGGCACUUAAAGUAGGCGUUGCAAUAUACAAAUGGCCUCCUCCAGAGAACACUGUCGCCGUAAGCUUGAAUGGCGUAGAACUGGACAAAGGAUAUUUUUUGGAGCAUCCCUGUAACGAGGCGUCAAAGUAUCUUGUUCGUGUGUACGUGGUGCGAGGGUUGAGUUUACCGAUGGAUAUUUUUGGAAAAUCCGACCCUUACGUCAUUAUGAACUGCGGGAAGAAACACCUUGGAGAUCGCAAAAACUACGUCCCAAAUACUACGGACCCUAUUUUCGGGAAGCUAUACGAAUUCAGCUGUACUCUACCUGAUGAUUACCUGCUGAGCAUAUCUCUUUAUGGAUAUGAUACCAUGCCACCUGAUGAGCUGAUUGGCACCACUACAAUAGACCUGGAAGAUCGGGUCUAUAGCAAACAUAGAGCUCGAGUUGGUUUGGCUACGGAAUAUAACUUAUCUGGUGUCGCGAAGUGGCGUGACAAUGUCAAACCUUCAGCAAUACUCGAGGAGUUAUGUUACAAGAACCACAUCCCUCUGCCUUUAUACCCUGAUUCUUUCUCCGUCAUCGUCAAUGGAGUGGAGUACAAAGAUAAAGGAACAGGUUCGAUAUCGGAACGGAAAGAAAACAUUUGCCUCAGUAUCUUGCACAAAUGGCAGACGUUGCCCAUCUGUGGGUACCAACUGGUCCCAGAACAUGUCGAGACUAGAACGUUGUACCACCCGGACAAACCUGGCCUAGAACGAGGAAAAAUCCAAAUGUGGGUGGAUAUAUUUCCAAUGGAUGCCAAUACCUACAUUCCGCCUCCCAGUGACAUAACCCCAAGAAAAGUUGAAGAGUAUGAGUUAAGAGUCAUUGUUUGGGAUGUGCAAAGCUUACUCAUUCAUAUGGAUAAGAAGAGAACUUGGAAAACGGCAGAUCUUUAUGUGAAAAUUUGGAUAGGGUCCAUCGAACGUGCGCAACAGACAGAUAUUCAUCAUAAUAGUUUAUCAGGUGAAGGGAACUUCAAUUGGCGUAUGGUCUUCAAUUUCUUGUACCACCAUGCGAAGAGGAAGUUAAUAAACAAAGAAAAAUGCCCCUUUACUGAAUAUGAAGAGUAUGUGGCUCCAAUUCUUGAAGUUCAGCUGGUGGAGAGCAAUGAAGAUGAGUUUUUGGGAUCCUUGUCACUCAACCUGAACUCCAUGUAUCGGGGUUCAAAAUUGGCGCAGGACUGUACUCUAUCAGCUAUGGAGACUGGCAAGAAAAUAAACCUGUUCUCUGUAAGGUCCAUCAGAGCCUGGUGGCCCAUCAAGACGAAUGAUUUGAAUACUGGUGAAGAUCUGCCGGCUGGCUUCAUAGAUAUGGAGAUGACCUUAUUGCCGAGGGAAAAAGCCACACUAAUGCCUGUCGGGGUAGGCAGAGAUCCUCCUGUUCCUCUACCAGAACCAUCACGUCCAAAGCCACCAAAUGACAAAUGCAAGCGUUACUACGAUUUCUUCCAUGACAUGUGCGUCUCUCGUAGUAAAGAGGUUCUGAUCUUCUUCCUGAUUGUCUCUGUGGUGUGGUUUGUCGCCUACUUGCUGUACUUGGCGGUUCCUUCCGCUGAAACCUUCUUUUUACGGUCAGUACCUGCGUGA